GGACAGACCAUUUUUAACAUUUCUAAUUGGAAAAAAAGCGUCUUACAGAACAACUUCAAGUCCAUGCAAGGAUAGUUCAGAUAUUUUCCACUUUCCAGUAAUUACAGUAAUGAACGUGUUUUUUCUUCAUGUUGGCAAAUGGCAAGUAAAACAUUCGAAUAAUGGACGCCUAUUGUCAAACUAGAAUGUUGGAUGCACUGCAGUACUUAUUGUUUGUUUAAUGGUGGCAUGUUGAGUGUUUUCAAGUAAAAUGAGUGUGUAAACGUUUAGCUGAUUUCGACUAACAUAAAAAGAGUCAGAAGGGGUAGUGCAGAAGUUAGAACUGACCUGGUACAUCAUGUUGCGUUUUGUGUUAUUUGUGGUAGUUGCCACUUCAAUGUUGGGGGUGUCAUCAUUGAUAGUUGAUGGGUGCAAUGAAGCUGUGUGUGCAAGUGUGGUGAGCAAAUGUAUGCUAACUCAGUCUUGCAAGUGUGAUCUAAAGAAUUGUUCAUGCUGCAAGGAGUGCUUCAGUUGUCUUGGUGAACGGUUUGACGAUUGCUGUUCUUGUGUUGAUAUGUGUACAAAGUCUAAUUCCACUGGUAGUCCACUUACCAAAAUAAGCCAUGUUGAAGAGUUUACUGAUCCCAUACCAUCGCUGUUUGAAUCCUUGACCAUGGAUCCUGACACAGAGGGAAGAUGGACAUCAUAUACUUAUCCGCAGGAACUUGAUAUUUCUCUGUUUAGCCCAAAAAUAGACAACGAGAUAAUAAUGGCAAACACUAAUGGGAAGAGUUCACUGGCUGUAGUGAACUGCACUGUAACUUACAUGGCACAUUGCUCACCUUGGAACAAAUGCAAGGAAUCUUGCCGCUCUAUGGGUGCCAGCAGUUACAGGUGGUUUCAUGAUGGUUGUUGUGAAUGUGUUGGGCACACUUGCAUCAACUAUGGAAUCAAUGAAAGCAGGUGUACAGAGUGUCGUCUGUCACAGGACGAUGAGGAAGAAGAUGAUGUGCUGCAGAAUGAUUAUGGUGAUGGCAGUGUAACAGAUGCAGAACAAGAACUGAAACUUUAGAAUUAUUGACCUUUUCCAUUGAAUCUUUCAUACAUUAAUACUAAAACUGUUAUGACAUCUUCAGAAAAUAUCUGAAGGAAAAAUAAUGUGAUAUGUAUCAGCUAUUGAUAUUUGUGUAUCUAUAUGUGCUAUAGCUUUUCUUUUUUAAUAUUUACUUUUUGACACUAUUGAUAAUGUAUAUUCAUACAAAGUAAAUUUAACAUUGUUAUAUUUACUCCUCAGAAAGUCGGAUCCCCAUUACGAAAAUGAAAUGCUCAUGGCUCUAUGAAAAGUGUUAUGGCAAGUAAUUAGAACAUUUUAUCAGACAAAAUACUAAGUUUUAAGAGCAUUUUGCAAUAGAUACAUCUAACUCGGAUUGUAAAUGACAUUCAGAUGAUGAUCCUCAAAAAAGCUAACUGGGCUCUAUUAUUCAAAGAAAAUUGAGAAAGCAGUGAAGAGUAUUAUAGAAUACUUAAAUAAACCAUAUAAUAUGAAAUAAGUAAUACAGUAUUAGAGAAGUGGGAAAUCCUCUGGCAGGUGCAUUCUACACAGGAAACUCGAAUCAUAUACUCUCCUGUUGCCUGUAAUAAAAAAAAAACAUGACUACUGCACUAACACAAAAAUUGGCCCAAAAUGCUAAUCCCUUAACCCAUAUUUCAAAAUGCGAGAAAUGAACAGAACUGGCAGAAGGAACUGUUGACUGGCAUGUCACAUGGCAUGCUUCUGUUUGCUACGGCACAAUUCCUCACCAUCAGCCUUCACUGAGUCACACUAAUCUAGCACAUAGGAAUUGUUUUUAUAAAGAAGAGCAUUAGUUGCAGAGGAUCAUGCUAUGGAUUUUACUGCAGUCAUUUACUGACAGUUCCUUCUGCAAAACUAAUAUUUUUCCUUUUUUCCCAUGAUUCUAAAUUACUGAUAGAAUUUAUAUUUAGAGUAUCAUAUUUAUUCUGUAUUUUAAUGAAAGUAAUCAAUUCUUUGUAGUAUAAUGUAAUUGCAUAGAUAAAAGAAUCUACUCACAAAGUGGUGGCACGAGAACACACAUAUAAGAAAAGGUUUUACAUAUCCAAGCUUUUGGAGCCAAUGGCUCCUCCUUCCAGCAGAAGGUGUGACGGGGAAGGAAGAGGACUGAACAAUCAGUCUUUCUUUCUUAUCUCCUUGAAUUGGGGUUCUGAGUGACUUUUCCAAACUCUAACCCUUUUCCUAAACCCCUCAAGUCCUUACCUUCAUCCCUCUUCCUUCCCCUUCAACCCUUCUGCCAGAAGAAAGAGCCACUGGCUCAGAAAGCUUGCAUACGUAAAAUCUUUUUUUGUGUGUAUAUUCUCAUGCUGCCACUUGGUGAGUAGAUUUUUUUAUCUAUCGAAUUAAAAUUAUAUUUUGUACUUUGACAUAAAUGACCUGAUAAUGUAUGAAUAACAACACGGUAUGUUAAUGUAGAAUAAGGUUCACUUCUACAAAGGGAUUGUCUUUUUCCUUAACUGUUGCAUUAUUUUAAAAAUUUGGCUAAUUUUCCUGUCUUAGUCUCACAUUUUUUCUUCUCUCCUCUUUCUCAUUUAAUUCUUAUUCAUUCAUUCUCUUUUAACUCCAUUAAUUUGUUGAUCUUCCCAUUUGCUCUCUGUCACUCCAAGCUGAGCUCUUUGUCCAGUGACUGUGUUCUUUCUGUUGUACUUUCGGCCAUCAGGUAGUGUCUUUUUCACUUUUGCUUGUAAUUACUGUCUACUUCUUGUCUGUGGGCUGCAUUGUGCAAGUUGUGCCUUCAAUCUGAUUUUGUUUAUACCUUCCCAGAUUGGUCCAGGUGUCUUUUUUUUAUAAUUGAUGUACCACAACACAGAUCUGCUGUCCUCAUUACUCAUGUAUUCAUGCCCAGUAUCACAAAGUAAUACACUACGCUACUAUUUAAGUAGAGUAAUGAGUGCACAUUUUGUCCACUUUUCACUUACAUAAAGAUCUGGCAAAGAUUAGUAAUAAAUGUUUAACAAUAAUGGAAAUUCCUGAAUGGAACAGUACAUAAAAUAAAGGUAAGGUAACGAUUCCCCUAUAGUGGACUGAUGUGUGGAGAGUAGAAACAUAUAACAGAAAACAGUAUUCAUACUAGCUUUUGAGCUCUUUUUCUUGUAAAAGUGCACACAUCCACACAGACACACAAAUAUUCACUGCCACAGCGAGUCUCACUGCAGCUGCAUGAAUGUCUGUGUGUGUGUGUGUGUGUGUGUGUGUGUGUGUGUGUGUGUGUGUGUGAGAGAGAGAGAGAGAGAGAGAGAGAGAGAGAGAAUAUGUGCGCACUUUUUACCAGGUAAAGAGGAAGAGCUCAAAACUUCAUGUGAAUACUGUUUUAUGUUGCCAGUUUCUAUGCUACACACAAUGAAUGUUUAGUACUUAUCAGUCAAUGCUGCUAUCUCCACAUUUCUUAAUUUGUUCUUCAUACCCUGCUCUUCAAUUGAUAUAAGUUGGAGACAUUAGGUAAAAAGCUUUUAUCAACAACCACCAAUCUUUCCAGUCAAACAAUAUUUAAGUACAGUAACAAUGACAUCAGUGCCACAAACCUCAUUUCUUAAUUUAUCAUUUGUGAAAAAAAUAAAAUUUACAUUUCGUCAACAUACACAAUUGUGUACAUCUGUGGAUUGGAAACUUUGUGUGUUUAAAAUAAGGUAUUUAUCAUUUUUACAUGUUACCUUUAAAGUUGUAAUGUAGUUACCAAGAAAUAUUAAAUGCAAAACCAAUUUCUCAUUUUGACCUCCAUACACAAACUAGAUGGAAGUGUCAUUUGUUACACUCAUACCUCAGCCAGGAGCUUACUUUCUCAUUGCUAAUAAACCUCUGUGAAAGAAAGAAAG